UCGUAAUAAACAUUUAAACAGUUAUCCAUUGUAUUUGAUGUUGUAGGGUAUUACAAAAAAGAAAUAUAAUAAGGAAAAGUAGGUGAUAUCUUAGCGGUUAGCUACAGGUUAGCAAUGAAUCUUGUUUCUCCCACAAUGCAUUGCAUGACGUCACAUGAGGUACUCGCUUUUGGACGACAAACGAAAGCCCGCCGUAAUACCAUUGAGAGAGUGAGACGAGUAGUGAGAGUAGUAGCUAGUGAAAGAGAUCGAUAGAUUGAUAGAUAAAUAGAUAUCAUAGCAUAAAUAUAUAGUCAGAGAUAGCAUAGCAUAACAGAUAGCUUAGAGAAAGAGUAGAGAAUAAAUAGACAACAUGGUUUAUUACUGUGUUUGUGGCGGGUGCAAGAACUCCAGCAAAACUGGACAUAGGGUCCAUUGUUUCCCCAAGGACAAAGGGAUCUUCCGAAGCUGGGUGCAAUUUGUCAAGAUUAGGCGGGCAGAUUUUUCAGCUAGCUCUGUCACCGCCUACUCGAGAAUAUGCAGCGCGCAUUUCAAGGAGGAGGAUUACCACUCAGGGGAUGCCAAGAUGGUCGCACUUUCUUUAAAAAGUAUGAGGAUGGCUAAGUUAAUUCCUACCGCCGUGCCGUCUGUGAAUGCAAACCUCUCUGCUUGUCCUGUCCCGAGGUCGAGAGACACCGUCUGCCGCAAGCGAUAUAUUGCCACGAUGAUGACAGAUACCUCACAGCAGGAGACCGUGGACAGUGUAGACACUGUGGAGAGUGUCGAUACUGGCGAUCAGCCCUUGUCCUCCUCCACUUCUGACGCUGUGACACAGUGUUAUUUGAAGCCCCCCCGAUGGUCUCGCGCUGUGCAGGUUAACCUGAAGCCCAAGAUGGUCAGCGUGGGUACACAGACGUCUUUCAGCCCACAAACCUCCACUCCCCUCGCUAGUCCUGAACAGACAGAUGAUGAAGAUGAUGAUAAUGCCUCUGUCGUUAGUGACUUAUCGUGGGUGCCCGAAGAGCCGAUGCAUGAGGAGGACUUGUUUGAUGAGGAGCCACCUUACGCGUGUGACCCCCACCACAAGGGGGGAAAUGUGAAAGAAUAUGUCCAGACUGGACCUAUAAGAAGUCCUGCUCUCUGAACUAAAUCGACACUAAAGUGCACGAAAGCCAAGACUGGAAAACAUGCUGUUCUCUACGGAAAAUAAAACCCUGAAUCUGCUUAUAAAGCAUCUGAACAAAGAUUCAGCAACACAACAGCCGUUCAGUUUGACUUUCUUCUGUAUAUACAGCAUCCACAUUCAUCAUUUCCCAGCUUUUCACUCGUCAUGGAAAUACAGCUCCUGAUCAGAAGGAAAAUCUCCAAAGAUUGUCAAGAAUGCAUUUCAAUUCAUGACAAACCUUCAAAAUCUGACAACAGCAUCAUCCUAAAUACCCUGUAUUUUACACAUGCAACCUGAAGAA